AAACAAAAACUUGUUUUAUAGAAUGUAGCGCUGGAAACUAUGGGAGAAAUUGUUCCUCGACGUGUAGCUGCAAUACUGAUAGAUCAAAAGAAAGUCUCGAUGGCAGGAAAUGUGACAAAGUGACUGGCAAUUGCGAAUGUAAACCGGCUUGGUCUGGAAUAACAUGCGAGAAUGAUGUCGAUGAAUGCUUAAAUUCCACUAUAUGUCAAAGUCAAAACACACAAUGUAAAAACACAGUAGGUGGAUACGAAUGCGUCUGUUUACAAGGAUAUGAAAUGCAAGAUGCUGAUACAUGUAUACCAGUUGAUAGUAGCACAGAUACAAUGAUGUUGGUGAUAAUAUUGUCUUCGGUUGUUGGUGGUUUGACACUGGUUGUAAUCCUGUUCUUUAUCUGUUUCUGUCAAUACAGGAGAAAAAUCAAAGGAGCCGCAGAUACCAAUGACAAACCAGUCAAGGAAAAUAGAUCCAGUAAUCACAAUGUCCUGGCAACAAGCAUUCGUUCUACGGUACGGGAAGAAGAGUACGAUACGAUAGGGGACGAAUCAGACAUAAUAGAUGUUAAUGCAUUACGAGUAACUAAGAACAAAGAUGACGGUUAUCUAGACAUUGUUUCAGUUAACAGAAAUGAACUGGCACAAACUUACGAGAAAGGCGUUGUUAGAAAUCAGAUCAAUGAAUAUCUAGAUUUAAAUGCUGUUGAACAAGAUACACAAGACGAAUAUGACUACGCAUAUGAAGGACAUAAAUUAUCUGAAAAAGGUUACGUGGAUGUCAGUGGAGUAAGGAGAAAGUUACCUGAAAUACCGAAAAACUUUUCAACCACUGGAAAAGAAGGAGCAAAUGAUCCAUAUUCUGAAUUGAAACAUAAGAAAUUGCCGGAGCAUAUGUAUGAAAGAAUGGCUGAUCAGCAUGAAUACUUGAAGCCUGUCGAACUUGGAAAUGUGAAACCUGAUGAGCAUGGAUAUUUGAAGCCUGUCGGACUUGGAAAUGGGAAACCUGAUGAGCAUGGAUAUCUGAAGCCUGUCGGACUUGGAAAUGUGAAACCUGAUGAGCAUGGAUAUCUGAAGUAUGUCGGACUUGGAAAUGUGAAACCUGAUGAGCAUGGGUAUCUGAAGCCUGUCGGACUUGGAAAUGUGAAACCUGUCGGUCCUUGACAUUUUGAGUGCAUGACCUCGACAUUUCCAUGUCUCUAUUUUGAAUAAAUCCAUUUACUCAGAGCAAUGGGUUUAUUUACCUGGAUAUUUCUGCUAUAUCGCAGAAAUCAGUGCAGUCAUUUGAUGAAGGUUAUGCGAUAUAGCAGAAAUAUCCAGGUAAAUAAACCCAUUGCUCUUAAAUCCAGUGUAAGAGAACAACCUUCAUUGAUGUAUUUACAUGUCUCGUUGUAGUUCAACCGAGUCGAAACAAUCAAAAAAUGACAAUUACUCUUUUGAGAUGGUUUUUUUCCAGCAAAAUCUUUUCCCAGUGAAUUUGAUAAGCAACUGCUUAUUUCUACAGUAAACCAUAUACUCUUACAGUUCAGCUUUUUGUUAACAUCUGUUAAUCAUCAAUUUUCACAAGCGAAGGAAAUAUUGCAAAAAAUGGAUCAUACUGAACUGGGUAAAUCGAAAACAAAUCUUAAAUUCAUGAAAAUAACCAUGAAAAGAUCAAAAAUCUCAAAUGCUUAGCAGAUACAUCUUCGGUAUAAGCGUAACUUACUCAAAAAGAAGCAAACUUUUUCUAAAUUCUCAACAUUAAAUUUUGAGGCGAAAUGAUCAGUCAGCACUGGGUACUGAGCGGUGUCUACUGAAAUGAAGUAACUCAUUUUCGUUGUGUCUAGCUCAUAAAGAUUGUUUCAGCUAUAUAUACUACAAGUGUAAUAGAUUAGAAUGUUAUGAUAUAAUACCGGUAUGUAUUUGAUUGAAUACGUUUUGACGAUUAAAAUACCUGUAUUUAACCGAUUAUACAUGCUAACAAGCUAUUCUUACAACGCUCAGACAUGCUUUAAUAACCUAACAUUACAUAACUCUAAUUUACUCAUAGAUAAUUCAUUGAUUUUUAUUGCUUAGCAUUAUUAGGUACAAAAAUGCCUUUGAAUGAAUGUGGCUGUUCCUGAUGGACGUUUGUCCUUGUUUUGUAUAACAAAAGCCUGUAUGCAUAAUUUUAUUAUUCAAAAUGCACACAAUGAUAAAAAUGCAUGAACUGAAUCUUUUCUAUUCCAUGUGCACUGCAUUUAACAACACAUUACGUUGCCUUGGUGAUAUCCUUAAUCUGGAUAAUCCCUUUCUUAUUUUAAUUGUACGAAACAUAUAAUGCUAUACUACUCCUAGGCGAUGGCGUCCGCGUAAACGUCUGCGUCCACACAUGGGUUAAAAUUUUGAUGCGCUUUCUUCUGAUAUUUUGUUACUUAAAAUAGUUAUUUUUCAUAAUCACCCAUAUCAUGUGACACAAAGGUCAUAGCUUUCGCGCCAAUAUUUCAUGAAUAACUCCCUCUCCCACUUUUUACUAAGAAUGUGAAUGUUGAUUCAGUCAGUAUAUCUGUGCUAUUACUGAAUGGAUUUAAAUUUAAACUAGGUGUUACACAUCCUCCACCACAUCAUGUGAUAUUAGGCCCAUAUUUCAUUAAAUAUAUCUCCAUUUUACUUAGAAUUUCAGGUUAGAGUUGCGAUGUACUCUCAAUCUAUCUCUUUUAUGACUAAAAUGAGGGUUGAUUUCAACUUGAAAAAAUUGUCAUAUAUCAAUACCUACAUCACAAGAAACAAGUUUGAAAGCUCCGAUUCAUCUAUUCAUGAGUGAUGCCUCCUUUUGAAUUUGAAGAAAAAGUUUAGAUACACUUUCAUUCUAUCCCUUAUACUACUAAAUGGAUUUACUUAAACUUAAAAAGACUCCAUAUCAUCAUUCUCAUCAUAUGACACAAGGUACAUUUCUGUAGCAGAAAUUAUGUCCCUUAACAUUUAGACAUUCAGGUCUGUGUUGACUCAAACUUACACUGUUGUUCAACAUCAUCAUCCACAUCGGGGGGGGGGGGGGGGGAAGCACUCCUUUUGGUCGAGUUUACUCAGAUAUGCCCUAUUUACUGUCCAGUAACGAAAAUGUGGAGCACGCUGUCUAUUCUUGUGGCUCUUGGAUACUACAUGUAUCUGGUAGUUCUGCUUGCUCAUAUUGCGUAUACUAUUUAUCCCCAGGAGCUCCAGUUAAGUAAAACUAGCAAUUCGAAUAUCCUUUCAAAAGAUUCGGAUUUAAAUCUCUCUAUAUAUAACAAUAUUAUACAUACCUAAAAUUUUAACAUGAGGGCUGUUCGUAAUUUCAGUAUUGUUAAUUUCCUCUAUUUGAAUGGGAAUGUACUUUGGGCAACUCCUUAUGGGAUAUAUAUUUUUCAAUUAAUUUUCUUUAUCAGAUUAUGUAGUAUAUAUCUAUAACAUAUGUAAUAUAUUGCUAAUAAAUUUCUACAGUUACUAUAAA